CCUUGUUGUCUGUUUGCCACUUCUUUUCAGUCGCAAUACACCACUCUCACCAAUCUCCAUGGGCACUCUCCCUGUGACCUCGAGUAUUGCGGGCGGUUUCGGUGGAGAAGCAAGGCUCCAAAACCACGCGACAUUCUGGGGAAUAUGAGUACGGGGUGCGGACGGUGGGACGACAAGAAAACGAGACUUUUCAUCCUUGCCCGAAUCUCGGAAUCCCAUUUCUCUGGGUUGGCUAUAUAUCCUGACUCAUUCACCCUCUGGAAGGGAACAUCGCCGUCUGCUAAUCGACUUAGAUACAUCAUACUCCUCGGACAUCUUCUUUCUCCUUGACCAGCUCCCUCCAUCAGACCCCAAACCAAGAUGGCCUUUCAACCAUGGCGCGCCCUCCCUGGCAAGGGCGUGCUUGUGCUACUCAACUUCCUCAGCUCUGUCGCCUUAAUCUACGAAGGAUACAACCAAGGUGUAUAUGGUGGCAUUUCCGGAACGCCUGGCUUCAUUGAAAUGUCUGACAUCGGCUCCGACGGCGUGGUAACCCAAACCACCAAGCAAGGUGGUCUCGCUGCUGCUUACUACUUUGGUGCCAUAUUCGGCGCCUUCAUCGGAGGAUGGCUUGGUGACAAGUUUGGAAGAAAGAAGGCGGCCUUCCUCGGCGCUAUACUAUCCCUGCUGGGAUCAGCCCUCCAGUGUGGUUCCGUCAAUGCCGACAUGUUCAUCGUGGCCAGAGUCAUUGCAGGACUCGGGAUUGGUUUUGUCAACAACAUCAUCCUGUCAUGGGUCUCGGAACUGUCUCAGGCUCAUGACCGUGGUGCGACCUUCUCGCUUGUAUUCGUCUCCAACUUCCUAGGCAUCUCCAUUGCCAACUGGAUCAACUUUGGCAUCCGAAACCGAUCGCCGGCUUUCAGAUGGCGAUUCCCCCUUGGAUUCAUGUGUAUUCCCAUGCUCAUGGUCGCCAUCAUCAUCACAUUUGUUCCAGAAUCUCCUCGAUGGCUCAUGGCCAACCACCGCAAGGCCGAAGCUCUCGAAGUCUUGUGCAAGAUUCGAGGUGACAAAGAUCUAUCUGAUCCCGCUAUUGCCCAAGAAGCUGAGAUCAUUGAGGCUGUCGUCGAGGCAUCCUACCACAAGCGAAACAAUUAUCUCAAUAUCGCCCUCGCCGGCCGCUAUUCUGGAAAGCUUCAUUUCGGUCGACGAGCUAUUCUUGGAUUUGCACUCCAACAGAUGCAGCAAUGGACGGGAAUCCUAGUCAUCGUUUCGUGGGCUUCACAAGUCUUUGAAUUGGCUGGAUUCAGUUCAUAUAAAGCAUCCUGGAUGUCAGGGUUGCUGAACACAUUUGGUGUGAUUGGGACGGCUGCUGCUGCGUUGGUCAUUGAUCGUUUUGGUCGCAGGAUGUGCCUGCAGAUCUCCUUUAUUGUCCAGGGAGUGUGUUUGUUCCUGGUGGCUGCGUUGAUCAAGACUUCUCAAGACCGGGUCGAUUCUAAUCCAUCUCAAUCCCAAAGUCUAGGCACGGCAGCUUCUGUGUGGGUAUUCCUCUUUUUGAUUCUUUUUACGCUUUGGAACAUUGUACCUUGUUGGCUAUACGGAACCGAAUGCUUCCCACAGGAAGUCCGCGCGAAGGGCUAUUCAUUUACAAUUUUGGGCUGGGCGGUCGGUUGUGGAGUUACAACCUUUGUUAUCCCCAUAAUGCUGGACAAUAUCGGAUGGUGGUCGUUCAUUUUCUUUGGAUUUAUGAACAUCCUCACCAUGCCAAUCAUUCAUUUCUUCUACCCGGAAACCGCUGGUCGAUCACUGGAAGAGAUCAACUUGCUGUUCACGAGCGACAGCCCCUUUGUCAGCAAAAACAUGGCUGAAUACGAUCGCCGCCUAGCUGAGGCAGGGGGGAAUGUGGCAGUGGCCGCUAGACGACUUUUGGACGAGGUUGACGGCGAGGAUAACUUGGAUCCUGCCCGGGUCUUGGAUCAGGGCAACGAAAACGGCAAGGUCGAGGACAAAACUGGCGCCCAGUUUCAUGAAUCCGGGUCAGAAAAGAGUGCGCUAUAGUAUCGUAUACGCGCUAAAUGGGUAUUUGCUUCGAUGCAGGCAAAAGGUGGUUUAGAGCUGCUGAGCGCAGGAGCUACUAAAAAUCUUCUGGUAUCUUGACACAUAAUCUAAUAGAAGCAAUGGCAGUGCUUAAAUAGUUGAUACCAUAUGAGAAGAGACUGAGGCGACGAAGAUGUGGGCCAAAACGUCCAACCAAUCAAGAUGCCGCAGGACGAUGUUGACGGAAAGUGCC